AUGUUGGAAUUGCCACCAGACUGGUCUGUACAGUCAAAGGAUUUGGUGGUAUGGCAGUACAAGGAGAAUGAAUAUCUGAUAAGACCUGGUGAUAAAGAUGAAAGCGUCAUUAUUGUUUUGGAAGGAAUUAUCGCAGUUUACAUAAGCGUACGCCUAAAUUCUAUAAAGAAAUUUUUUUUCAAGUAUGAUCGAGACAAGUUAAAAAAAACGGCCAAAGUUCCAAGAGUAAUUUAUAAAGAAGGCAAAAUUUUCACUUCUGGAAUGGCUGUAAAUGAUCAUUUGCCUUACAGCACAAAGAAGAGGCUGGAAAUUCCCUGUUGUACUUGA